AUGGCGGCGGCAACAAGUGCCAGUAGUUACCUGGGAAACAUAGAGCACCGUCACAGUUUCUUCUCAUCAAAGCCUCGAUUCCGCCGCCUGUUUCCAGCCACUUACCGCCCACGAUUCCUAGCCAUGGCACCCAAAAAGAAGGUGAAUAAAUACGAUACUGAUUGGGCAAAACAAUGGUAUGGCGCUGGCAUUUUCUAUGAAGGCAGCGAAGAGCAAGAAAUCGAUGUGUUCAAGAAAAUCGAGAAACGAAAAGUACUAAGCAAUGUGGAAAAGGCCGGCCUAUUAUCCAAGGCAGAGGAAUUGGGAUUCACAUUGUCAUCUAUCGAGAAGUUGGGAGUCUUAUCAAAGGCUGAGGAGCUCGGGCUGCUCAGUUUAUUGGAACGAGCAGCCAGUUUUUCACCCUCUGUCCUGGCCUCGGCUUCACUUCCCAUUUUGGUGGCGGCAGUGGUGGCAAUCCUGGUGAUCCCAGAUGACUCGGCAGGGCUGGUGGCGGCCCAGGUAGUGAUUGGUGGGUUGCUUGCGGUUGGGGGUGUUGGUUUGUUUGUGGGAUCACUUGUUUUGGAAGGGUUGCAAGAGGCUGACUAA